AUGUUUGUACAGAAGAAAACAUACCAUAAACUAAAAAACGAAAACCUUAAUUGUCAAACAAAUUUAGAAAAUCUGCAAAAUGAUCUUGAAAUUUCUCAAACUGAAUUAGAUAAUCUUCGAAAGAAAAUUGAAAAUUCUCAAAAGCAAAUAGAAUAUCUGCGUGAGAAUUCUGAAAAUCUGCAUGAGAAUUCUCAAAUAGAAAUAAAUCAUCAUAGAAAAGAAUUUGAACAGCUACGUGAGAAUAGUCAGUCAGAAAUAAAUAAACUGCAAAAUGAAAACAACCAUAAAAAUGAAAUUAUCAAAAUAUUAAAGAGCAAGCUUGAUAAAGCACUAGAAGAAUUAUUUGAAAUCAAGGCAAAGGAACUUAGAAUAUUAGAAACAGAAAGAAACGCAGUCAUGAAGGAUCAAGGUAAUUUUGAUCAUGGAAAUAUAGAAAUAAUUGAAGACUCAAAUCAUACCGAAUGCGGAGCAGGUCUAGAUAAAAUAAUGAAAGAAAAUGUAGAUGACAAUGAUAUUCAUAGUAUUAGUAGUAAUAGCGAUACUGUAGAUGAUAUAGAUGGAGAUUGGGAUCUAAAAGCCAUUGCGGAUAAAUAUAUAGAUGAAUGA